AGCAAACAUAGAAUGAACAAGGCCUGGCGGCUUGGCGGGGGCGAUAGUUUUGGAUGCAGUACGUGUAGCCGGCGACUGAGAGGACCUCGUUGCCGGCGGGGACAGCGGCGCCGGAGGUGAAGGAAGGUCCGUGUCUGGGGCCAUUAUUUAGGCAAGAACGACAAGGUGUGAGGGAGCUCGGUGCAGCAACGUCGCCGUUGGCUGGAACUUGACGAAGAGGGGGAAAUCGGCGACUGAGGUGAUAGAAAACUGCUGGGCUUCAGUGCGUUGACGAAAUUGUUGUCUUCAAGGAUCAGAAAGAGCAGUUAAAAAUGGUAGUAACGUCAGCACAAUAUGACAGAUUCUCAAUGGAUUUUGCAAUGGGAGGUGUAGCAGCCAUUAUAUCUAAGAGUGCAGCGGCACCAAUAGAGAGAGUUAAGCUUUUAUUGCAAAAUCAAGGGGAAAUGAUAAAGAGAGGACAACUCAAGAGACCAUAUUUGGGCGUAUCUGAUUGCUUUAAGAGGGUCUUGAGGGAGGAGGGUCUCUUUGCCUUUUGGAGAGGGAACCAAGCCAAUGUUAUACGAUACUUCCCAACACAAGCUUUCAAUUUUGCAUUCAAAGGUUACUUCAAAAGCAUUUUUGGGCAUUCCAAAGAGAGAGACGGGUAUAUUAAGUGGUUUGCUGGAAAUGUGGCUUCAGGCAGUGCUGCAGGAGCUACGACUUCACUACUACUGUAUCAUUUAGAUUAUGCUCGCACCCGAUUGGGUACGGAUGCAUUAGAAUGCCAUGCCAGUGGUCAGCGCCAGUUUAAAGGGCUAGUUGAUGUAUAUCGCAAAACCUUAUCAAGCGAUGGAAUUGUUGGCUUGUACAGGGGAUUUGGGGUUUCAAUAAUGGGAAUCACCAUGUAUCGAGGCAUGUACUUUGGAAUCUAUGACACCAUGAAACCUCUUGUCUUAGUUGGGCCUUAUGAGGGUAAUUUUUUUGCUAGUUUCAUGUUGGGUUGGAGCAUUACGACCUCUGCUGGAGUUUGCGCCUACCCUUUUGACACACUCCGACGGAGGAUGAUGUUGACAUCCGGACAGCCAAAUAAGUAUCGCAAUACAUUGCAUGCUUUUAACGAGAUUGUGCGACAGGAGGGAUUCUUUGCUCUUUUUCGGGGAGUCACCGCAAAUAUGCUUCUUGGCGUCGCAGGAGCUGGGGUGCUCGCAGGAUAUGAUCAGCUGCACCGAAUCUCAUCAAGACACGGUCUCCAUAAUGAGCAGCCCAGACAGGGAGCUUUGAAAUGAAAGUCUGAAUUAUGGAGACAUUUUAUGGUGGCCAAAUCCAUUCUUGUUGGUUCGCUCUGCUUCCACCGGCUGCAAAAGCUGUCCAUCAAUUUGCCCUCUUACGUGAUUUCCUUUGUCUGAUAUACAAGAUCAGGCGUGUAAUAUUAUUUCAAUAUGGUUAUUAUGCAUAACCGUAUAUUUUAUGGUUAUGGUUCUACUCAUUGAAUAGAAUAGAGACCUCUGCUUUUAAAAGAAGAAGAAGAAGAAGAAGAAGAUAGAAUGGAGACCACAAGGGACGCUAGAUUUGACAUUUUUCCUGCUUAUUUCAGAUCUAAUGCAUGCUCAGUUGCUCCUCUCUCUCUCACAAUUUGUAUAAACAUUCUGUUCACUUGCAUCGAAGUUUCUCAAUUUAAGUUUGGUUUAACAAAUGAAAA